UUUUAUUCAGUGACCACAUCUUCCACAAUAAAUAAAUAAGCUAUUUUAAUUUCACCCAUCCCAUAAUAAGCUAGAUUGAAGCAAAGCUUAAAAGAGGACCACCAGGAUGGUACUGCAGUAAUGAAAAAGCUCAAGAGCAAUUAGACAAUGAUGCGGUUGGCUAGUUAGUAGCUCCUUAGCAUCAUGUGCAGGAGUAAUUAAUAGAAAGAAGAAAAUGUAGCAAAAUGGUGAGGUGAGUAACAAGUAUGGAGGAAAGGAGGGGAUUAUUGGUCUUCUCUCGUGGAAAGUCCAAGUCUCCCAGCGGCUUUGGCUCAACAAGAAGCUAUUAUUAUGCUAAAGGUGUAGGUGAGAGGGUUAAUUACACCUUGUACUACAGUUGUUACACAUUGCACAUGCAUCAUCAUCUUCUUCAUCAUAAUCAUAAUCAUCAUCAUCAUCAUCAUCUCUCAACACCCUUCUCUUGCCGACAGCUUCUGCUCCCCUACAGCUACAUCUCCUGCACAUUCUCCCCAUGGAUCCCCUCCCCCGCCUUCUCUUAUAAACUUGAAUGGCUUAUACCUCUUUAGGCUCUUUGUAAUUAUCAGCAGCUGCUGGAUUAAUUGCUCUCCCAGCGGCCACAACCACUAUAUAAAAUUACCCCCGCCAAGCAAACUAACUCCCCGCCAGCCACUUUAAUUCACAGCUUCCAUCUUCUGUUUCAUUGUAUUCAGCUUCUCUGUGCGUGUACUUGUCUCCUCCAGUGGCACUUGUGCAACCCCCAUUGAUCCAUCCCUAACCCUCAGUAUAUAGUGUCCGGUACAUAAAUUGAGCUCAAGAUCACAGCUGAUAGUAGGAAAUUCCAUGGUACAGUCGAAGAAGUUCAGAGGAGUAAGGCAAAGGCAUUGGGGCUCAUGGGUUUCAGAGAUUCGACAUCCUCUUCUGAAGAGAAGGGUGUGGCUGGGCACCUUCGAGACUGCAGAAGAGGCGGCCCGUGCUUACGACGAGGCUGCCGUGCUUAUGAGCGGCCGUAAUGCCAAAACCAACUUCCCAGUGCCUGCCACUUUCGCGGCCGAGAACGGGUUCCCGCCCUGUGGCGGGCGCGGCCCGCCCACC